AAUACUCAUACUAACAUACGGUAUACUACAUACUUAAUGAGUAUAUACUACAUACUAUUAGUUCAUUUUAGUAUACUGUAAACGAAUGGUAUCGUUCAUGUGUUGAGGGUACUAGAGUUUCGCCUGUCUAUCGGAAGUUGAUGCUGUUGCUAUGCAACCUCUUGCUAGCUUGUUAGCAUGACAAAUGACAAGCCAGACAUUUUACGAUUUUGGGUGUGUUGGUAAAUUCAAUCUGGAGUGCCAGAGUGCGCUCUGGGCGUUCGUAAAUCAUUGUCAGAUUGUCAAUUCAUAAAUUUAGUGUUUCGCUCUCGGAGCGCACACUGGGAGCUCUGGCCAAGGGGGGUGGAUUGAGCGUUCAACGGCAGUCAAGCACCCAAGCGUUUCAAGGAUGUGUUCAAACAAUGAUUUUUCAAUGACCAGCUCAAUUAAUCCUUACCAUUGUGACAAUGAGUCGUCAUAAUGCUGCAUAAACUGUCCAUUAGCCCAGGGGCGUUGGCAGACACAAUGCCAGAGUGACCCUGCUGUCCUCAACAUGGUGUCGUCCAGGCUGAAGUACCUGUCUCUGUGGGUGCUGGUGUUCCAGACCACCUUCCUGGUGCUGACCAUGCGCUACUCCCGCACACUACGGGGGGAUGGCCCCCGCUACCUGGCCUCCUCUGCUGUGGUGGUGGCUGAGCUCAUGAAGAUCAUCACCUGUGUGCUGCUCAUAUUCAAGGAGCACAGCUACAAUGUUCGGGCUCUGAACAGUAUUCUGAGGCAAGAGAUCACUCACAAGCCGAAAGAGACCCUGAAGCUGGCCAUUCCUUCUGGGAUCUACACCCUACAGAACAACCUGCUCUAUGUGGCUCUGUCCAACCUGGACGCUGCCACCUACCAGGUGACGUACCAGCUGAAGAUCCUCACCACAGCCCUGUUCUCAGUGUCCAUGCUGGGCCGGAGGCUGGGUGUGUACCAGUGGCUCUCCCUGCUCAUCCUCAUGGCUGGGGUCGCACUUGUGCAGUGGCCCUCUGAAUCCCUCGGGGCCCCUGAGAAGGAGCUGUCUGAAGGGUCCCAGUUUGUGGGUGUGGUGGCGGUGCUGGUGGCCUGCUGCUCCAGUGGCUUCGCUGGGGUUUAUUUUGAGAAGAUCCUCAAAGAGACCAAACAGAGCGUCUGGGUCCGCAACAUCCAACUGGGAAUGUUUGGCCUGGUGUUUGGUCUGAUGGGGAUGUUUGCAUACGAUGGGGAGAGAGUCCGAGUAUCUGGGAUGUUCAAGGGAUACAACACAAUCACCUGGACAGUGGUGGCUCUGCAGGCACUAGGAGGGCUGGUUAUAGCAGCUGUCAUCAAGUAUGCAGACAACAUCCUGAAGGGCUUUGCCACGUCACUCUCCAUCAUCCUGUCAACACUCAUAUCCUACUUCUGGCUUGAGGACUUUGAACCCACAAGUGUGUUCUUCCUUGGUGCAGUACUGGUCAUCGUGGCCACCUUCCUGUAUGGCUACGAGGAUAAGCCAUCCCCCAACCCCAGGGGCUAACCUAGAGGACAUCACCGAGGACCGAAGGGGAUGUCAGGGAAGAGAAAAGAAAAGGUGAAGAAAACAGUGGAGCAGAAGAGAGAAAAGAGGAGCGAAGGACACUAGCCUAGAGGCAUUGUUGACAUGGGCCUCAGACACUGUGGCCGUGUUUUCACAGGCAGCCCAAUUCUGAUAUUUUUUCCACUAAUUGGUCUUUUGACCAAUCACAUCAGAUCUUUUUCAGAGCUGAUUGGUCAAAAGACCAAUUUGUGAAUUCCCUGAAGGCCAUAAUGUUCACUCAUGACUUGUGACAAUAGUCCGGAUGUGUUGGACUCCACCGACAUACUGAUGAACUAUGUUACUGUAGACCUCUGUACUUUUCCACGCAUUGGCGUAAUGUGAUGUGUGUGUUAUUUGGGGAAGAGGGGAAGGUUGACUUUAUUACUGUAUUUACCAAUCAUUAGAAACACAAAGUCCAAAAAGGAAAUGUUUCCUACGUCAAAGACGAGUGUAUCAUUCUAUAUCACGACUCUGUUGUUGUAACAUUGUGCGUCAUAUAAUGCUCCCUUGUAGAAGUUUUACAAGUGCUCUGAGCCAUGAUAUGAACACACAAAGUCAAACGGAUGCACUCCCUAUUGUUUUUGCCACUAAUACAUUUUCUGAUUGAGUGCAUAUUGUGCAUGAGACACAUACACAUACACCCAUGAACUGUCAAUGUGCAACUGAGGGGGGAAAUGAUUACGUUUGCAGAGGGAUUUAAAUAGGUUCAAUAAAAAAGACACAUUUUA